AUGACCACUGAUAUGAUUGAUAUUGAUGAAGCUGAUAUUUUAGUACUUCAACGUGGCUUAAAUAAGACACAAUUAUUAACCAAUUCGUUAACCAAUUCUUUAACCACAAUUCAAAAAUCAGCAGCUACUUCACACCAACUAUUUGCACCUAUUUUGUUAACCAAUCAGCGAUUGACUAUUUUAACCAAGAAUAUUGAACAAAGUCUGGACUCCUUAUCUUCGAUCAAAGACGUGGCCACUGAUGCAUCCAAACACGAUCUGGUAUUAUCUCAACCAAUAGAAAAGGUUGGGUUGUCUCAAUUCAUCAAAGCAAUUUAUAAAAUUGAAGAUCUAUUGGAAAAUAUGGAUGACGUUGCUUCUGCUAACAAUUCCAGUAAUUCAUCGUCAACUGCAGAAUUUCAUGGUGUUGCUGCUAAUUUACAGUCUACAAUAGCCAAUUCGGAACGAAGAUUACACCAGUAUUUAAUUUCAUUGUGUAAUAGUAUACAACCAUUUGAUCCACAGUUGUAUAUUAAUAAAAGAUUGCCAUUCCCUUAUUAUGAAGAUUUAGAUCUACAAGAGAUGAAACAAAUUCUAGAAUUUUUCCAGGCACAAAAUAAAUACGAUAGCAUACUAGACUUGAUCAUUCAACAAAGAAGCCAAUUUAUCUUAAAAUGUAUGGCAUUUCUAGAGGAGUUUACCAAAGAGCUAACUAAAACUGAUAAUGCACCCUAUGAAAAGGGUACUAGCGGGAUUCUAAACUAUACAGAGGCCUUAACUGGUGUCAUACCAUUAGAAGAAAAUUUUGUCACUGACUUACAGUUGGAAAAGGGAACGUUGGUGAAAAUAUUGACACCUGUUAUUUCAAGUUUUUCAAAAAUUUGUCAAUCCAAUAUGAAAAAAGUCAGCGGAAACAUGGUCAACUUGGGUCUUUUCACGUUUGAAUUGGAUGAUUGUAUUACAAAAGUUAUAAAAGCUUUAAAAAAUAUUUCCUUGUUGCAAGACCAAUUAGUAUUGAUAAGGCAAAAAUGCCAGCAAUUAUCAAUUAACUUGUUAGAUGAAAUGAUAAUAUAUAUUAACAAAAAAGCAACUAAUCUAAACUCAUUACCGAGCGAUUUUGGAAUUACAGAAACAACUGUGGAUAUAAUGAGUAAAUUACGCAGAUUCAGUGAUUAUCAAAAGGAGGAGUUGACAGUGUUAAAAAACAAUCCAAUAACAAUACAAAGCUGGCUACCUGGCGAGGAUACCAAAUGGUAUAAGGCUUUUCAUAGUCUCAACAAACAAGAAUUAUCUAAUAAUACAACGCUAUCAACAACCAGUCCCGAGGUUCUACUAUCAUGUUUUAUAGGUGAUUGUUUGGACGAUUUAUGUGUUUCGUUAGAAAUGCGCGCAGCGAAAUUGCUUUCACAACCGCAACAACAAAACACUCAUCAUUAUUUCCAUAGGCCAUCAUUGGACGGAAAUGAUGGAGAGCAUAUUGGUGGUGGAAAUGGGGUUCCAAGUGCCGAUGAAAUUAAAUCACUUGUUGGAUUUUUCUUGGUUACUAAUAUUACUUUAAUGGAGCAGAUUUUGGCUAGAUCUGCCGAUUUAAACACCAUGUUGAAUGUAAUUCCGCAACGUCAACCAAGAAUUAUGAAACUGAAAAGAAGAUAUUUAGAAUAUUUCUUAAUUCAAUGGAAGAAAAUAACACAAUCCAUAAUGUCAUUGUGUACAACUGCUGGUGGCGGUGCUAUGAUGAGUACAAGUUUAGAGGAUACUCCUGGGGGUAAAACUAAAAAAGAUAAAGAGCAUGCAAAGGACGUUUUGCGUGUUUUUAAUGAAAAACUCGAUGAGUUAUUAAGUGGGUUUAAGAGGCUGAAAAUAAGUGACCCUGGUUUAAAGAAGUGGUUGGUUGGCGAAAUUAAGGGGAUGCUUGAACCUGUUUACAAAUUAGUUUGGAAUAGAUAUAAAGAUGGGUUUAAACAUAGACAAAAACAUUUGAAAUACUCACCCGAGGAUUUAAGUUCUUUAUUGAACGGAUUAAGUAGGUGA